AUGCUCCCUUACCUCCUUCUCCUGCCCCUCAUCGCCGCUCUUCCGUUCGAACCGCGGCAGGCCAAUGACACCGAAGCGGUGACGCCUGUUUCCAGCCCCCUGCCUCCCAGCGGCAGCCCGUCGCCGCCUGUUUCCAGCCCUCUGCCCCCGAGCGGCUCCCCGUCAAUGCCUGUCUCCAGCCCUCUGCCCCCGAGUGGCUCCCCGUCAAUGCCUGCUGUCAGCCCCCCGCCCACUGGCGAGCCGCCUGCUGCCAGCCCCCCGCCCACUGGCGAGCCGCCUGCUGCCAGACCCCCGCCCACUGGUGAGACGCCGGCUGUAAAGCCUCCGCCGUCUGGCGAGACGCCGGCUAAGACGAAUCUGCCUCCCCCAUCGUCGCCAAGCGCUAAGCCACCGGCGCCGACCUACCCCGCCAAGUUUAAGGCUACUACGCUCCACCCACAUGCGCCAAAUGGGGAUAUCCUCAAGAAGAAGUGUCUUGAUGUGCGCGGAGGCAUGGUUGUCAAUGGCACACCUGUGCAGAUCUACGACUGCAAUGGAACUCCUGCCCAGAAGUGGGACAUUGACCAGGAGACGACGCACGUCCGCCUCUCAGGCACCGACUACUGCCUCGACGCCGGCCUUGGUAAAUGGCGCAACGGCCGCAAGAUGAAGAUCUGGAAGUGCUACGACAACCUGCCGCAGCAAACAUUCUGGUUCACCAACGACGGCUUCAUUGCCCUCAAGGACAAGGGCAAAUGCCUCGACAUGACUGAUGGCGGAACCUGGAACUGGAACCAAGUGCAGAUCUGGAAGUGCACCACCAACAACAUGAACCAGCAGUGGUACCCCGGCGUACUGUUUUAA